CCGGGCCGGGCGAGGUGACCUUGGGCGGGCCGGCCGCGGUACAAGGUCCUUCGCUGCGCUCCCCAGACGAAGCCGAGUCCGAGCUGCUGUUAGCGCAGAGCGUCCGACGCCGAUAUCAUUUAAUCCCAGGAUAAUUGAUGUCUGUCCGUACGCGGCUGGGGCGGGACACGGCCUCAUUUCUCUUCUUCGUCUUGGCAAACAGGAUCUGGACUGGGACAUGGAGUCCCAGGACCUGUGCCUCGUGCAGCCCCUCGACGUCCCCGAGCAGCCUCCCGUGGGCGAGGCCGACCUGCCGACGGCAGAGAUUUCCUUGACGCUGGUGGCCGAGAUCCAGGCGGUGGACAGGAAGGUGGAUUCCCAAGCGGCAAAGCUGAUGAACCUGGAGGGCCGGAUGCGGAUGGCCGAAACCAAGCUGAUCGGCUGCGAGAAGACGGCGGUGGAGUUCGGCAACCAGCUGGAGAGCAAGUGGACGGCGCUGGGCACCCUGAUCCAGGAGUACGGGCAGCUGCAGAAGAGGCUGGAGAACAUGGAGAACCUGCUCAAGAACAGGAACUUCUGGAUCCUGCGGCUGCCGCCCGGCGCCAAAGGGGAGAUCCCCAAGGUCCCGGUGAUGUUCAACGACGCCUCAUUCAAUUUCUCAGAGCAGGAGUGGAAAAACUUGAACGAGUGGCAGAAGGAGCUGUACAGGCACAUCAUGAAAGGCAACUAUGAGGCUGUGAUCUCGCUGGAUGCUGCCAUCUCCAAGCCCGACCUUCUGUCCCGCAUUGAGCAAGGGGACGAUCCCAGUGACGGGGACCAGGGAGACUUUGAGGGAAGAGAAACCCCUAGAGAUCCCAAUAUGGGAUUUCCUGGUUCUACUCCCACCGAGAGCUCAUGGAAUAAAUACGAGGAGACGCCAGCUGCAAACCAGGGGAUCACUGAUGAGAAGGGGGUCCCGACAGACCCUGGCACAUUUCUUCACCAGCCGCUGACUUGCUGGGGUUUGCCCCUUGCAAUGGAAUCGAGGGCCCCUGAGACCCAUGAGUCAGAGCUGGGUAAAACGUUGCUUGCCUUACGAGACCAAAUAAAAGAGCAGGACUGCACACGGACGGAGGAGAGGGAAGCCGUGCAAAACAGCCACCAUUCGUUCUACCCCUGUAGGGAGAGACCCGAAGCAGAUGUGCAGCCGGGUGAUGAGGACAGUGCCGAAAACCCAGAGCUUUCCAGCAUGGUACCAGGGAAGUGGGAAGAGGGUUUCCCAAGCCCCACAGAGGAAGUGAAGCCACCCAACAAGAGUCGGAGCAGUGCAACAGCGCAGCAGAGGAGCCCGCUGGGUCCCGGGCUGCGCCGUUCAGCUCGCCGGGGGAAGGAUGCCGUGAAGAAAGAGCCCUCUGAAGAGGCCUACGCUGCAGAGGGGCCGUACAUCUGCUGCGAAUGCGGGGAAAGCUUCCUAGACAAGCAACUCUUUGCCACGCACCAGAAGGUCCAUGGGUUGGGCGGCACCUGCCCCUUGCUGGAGCCCGGGGAGAGCUUCCGGCAAAAGCCCAAAGCACCUUCCCCGCGAACCCAGGCGCCCGUCCGUGCCAAGCCACCCAAGCGCCCCGAGGCCGAGCGGGGCGGCAACGUCAAGUACAGCUUCGUCCGGCACCAGGCCAACCACAUGGUGGAGCGACCCUACACGUGCACGCAGUGCAAGGAGAGCUUCAGCCUGGAGGUGAGCCUCAUCCUCCACCAGAAGCUGCAUACGGGGAAGGGGGACGGGCCACUGACCUGCACCUACUGCGGCAAGGACUUCCGGGACCUGUCCAAAGCCAUCCGGCACCAGCGCAUCCACACGGGCGAGAGGCCCUACCAGUGUACGCAGUGCGGGAAGAGCUUCAUCCGGAGGGAUCACCUGCUGAAGCACUGGCGUGUGCACACCGGGGAGACGCCCUACCAGUGCGCCGUGUGCGGGAAGCACUUCCGCUACAAGGAGUCCCUGAACUGCCACCAGAAGAUCCACACGCGGACCUCAAACGCCCCGACCCCGGAGGACGCGCAACACGCCGAGACGGGGACGCAGACCGGCCACUUCUUCGUGAAGAAGGAAAGCAAGCCGUAGCGCCGGGCACGGCGGGGAUGCACGGGCUGUUGCGUUUUGGGCUGAGGGAAGCCAGCCAAGGGCAGUGUCAUGGAGAGGGACCCCCAGUCCACUGCUUCCCCGCGUCAUCGUGCUCCCGAGCCGGCUUUGUUGAAGUUUAAACGGCGUUCCUCUUUAUAACUGUCCGUAGCCAGGCUGAGCCGCCGCCCUCCACCUAGGGUCAUGUGGGACUUGCAUAGUUUUUAGCUAUUCCCCUGCACGGGUUUGGAUCCCCGCCCCCCGAGAGAAUCGCGGUGCAUGGUUCUCCAGAGUGGCGGCAAGGGGGUUUGAGCAGCUGUUCCCACCUACCAGGCACAUUCAGGCAUGAUCGGAGUUUUCCAGGCCCCCGUUUCCCACUCCAGAGCUGGAAGCACGGAGUUGGGGGUGCCGUUCCCCAGCCGCGGGCUCUGUUAAGACACCCUGAACAGUGCUGCUGUGCCGCGGGGGCAGGGCUGGGAUUAGGGAGAGGAGAAGGAGCAAGAAUUGAGCUGGGGAGGCAACAAUGAUGAAGAAUACAGAGCAAGGAAGGAGGAAAGGGGCUGUGGGGAGAGAAGAAGGGGGGGGAAGAAGGAGAGAGAAGGGUGUAGGUGUGUGGGGCAUUCACUCGAGCAAGAGGAUUUCUCCACGGAGAGGACUGCGUCCUCAUUGAAGGGCAUAACUUGACCCAAGCAGGCUGCAUCCGGGUCUGGCCCGAAGGACAGGCGCCAGCCCUCCGUUCACACGAGCUCCUACCGACGGUGACUUUUACUGGGUCUGGUCACAAACUCAGGUAGGUCAGAGGAGUGAAAAGCGACUUCUGCUAACCCCUGUAAAGAGAUGUUUGCUUGUUUUUAGGUAAUCACGUAGACAAACUAGUAUUCUAUUAUUAUAAUUAUUAUUAUUAUUCGGCAACGAAACACGUGGCGCUAUAUCUCACGGUUGAACUAAAACCCUUAGACGUCGGAGGUAACGGACCUCCUUUUCAGACAUCUUUGUACAUAUCGGUCGAACGCUGCAGGAGCUAAGUGUCGUCGUUAACGAGGUGACUGUAACUAGGUGUCUCUUCCUCUGUGUCAUGUCAGCUGCUGGUGUGUAGUCAUGCCUUUGUAACACCUUUUUUUGUAGAGUCCGUCAAUACAGUGUUCCUGUUCUGAAGGCCGUGUGGGGUGAGUCGUGGUACGUCUCUGUCUGCCUCCGCACCGAUCCGAGCCCCUCCUCUUCUGUGCGUCUUUAUCCCCCUUCCUCUGCCCCGGCUGCAAAUUCUGU